GCUGAACCCAAACAUCCUACCAAGGUUAUCAUCAGAGAUGUUACAUUACAAGAUGACAAACGCCCGUCCAGCAAGGAGCCUGCUUUGAAUUUUGCCGUAGUUUCAGUGCUUUCACCUAAAGAAACUCUUGAACACUCCUAAGAAACUUCAGAAUAUUGAUAGUUUACAGCACAAGAGAACUUGCGGGCCAUCUUUCAAAGUGUUACGAAUUUUCUGUGCAAGAGACCAUUCAGAGGAUGUUUCAGAAUCAUACGAAUAAUAAGAUAAUAUUUAGUGGUUAAAGUGAACAGUUUUCGAGAGGACGUUCUUGUGUUCUAAAAAAUGGAAAAUAAAAUAAGUAAAUGACAGAAAAUCUAAAUAAGAAAAAAGAUUGUUGGCAUACGUGAACAGUGACUAAAGAAGGUCAAAUAAAAAAAGUGCCGGCUAAAUAGUAUAAUAGGGUAGAAAAAUAUACCGAAUUAAGUGGAAAGGAAGAGGAAAGAAUCUGAAAAAUAAGCGAUAUUGCAAAGGCGAAACAAAAAAUAAGAAAACAUUAAAAAAGUAAUAAAAUAAACACACAAAAUGUGAAAGAGUAAAUAAGUGAUGACUGAAAAAGGAUUCGAUAAUGCCCCAUGUGCAGUAAUUAGACAGAAAUUUAGAAGAGCGAUAGAAAAGCUGUUGAAAUUAAAAGAUCAAUAAUAAAAUAAAGAGUUGGAUUAAGCAAAGAAGAAUAGGUUAGCACGCAAAACAAGGUCAUAUCAAAUACACUUUUCGAGUGACCUUACUACGAGUCAAACAGAUGUAGAAGAGAUAGUUGACCACAUCAUUAUUCAGAAAAAAAGUCCAUACAACCAAGCAGACACACAAGUGAAUAAUGGCCGGAACAGUUGCACAUCUGGCUUUGUUAUUAAGUCUCCUGGUUCUUCAGGGCCCUAAUCCUUGUACGAGUAGUUCUUCUACGUCUGCUCAAACAUGCACCAUCGGAGGCAUUGCAACAAAAGAGUUCUACUGUGGUUAUCAACCGCCACCUAAGAGAAAAGAAAAUGUGACUAGAAUGGAUAGGUGCCGGAGAGUCAAAGACACGGAUCCAGUUAUUAUUAACUGCAAAGAUUAUACAGAGCCAAGUCAGUGUCACCCUAAGGACAAAACGAACAACCGAGCGGUGCUCAGAGACAUCUUGGUGACGUUACUCGUCUUGUCUCUUAUGCUGAAUUCCUCUCUGGCGACUUACAUCAUCUAUCUGCGGAGGCAUCAUAAACAAACGACUUCUCACCGUCAAGAACUUGCAGCCUCAGCAGUACCCCCAGUUACCCGCCACGGAGACGACCACCUGUAUGAAGAGAUAGCGGACUUCCGUAUGUAUAAAUCCCCACCUCCCGUUCCGCCGGCACUUAAAGCAACUCGGUCGCACGAAAGCAUCAACAGUUUCUACCAGAAGUUUCCCAACGAGAAGGAGGAGACAGUGGAGGGUGAGGGACCUUCCUCCCGUUCAACGUCAAAACACAAAGAUGAUCAGUAUGUCGAACUGAGUCCUGGAUAUGAAAUGCCUGUAGACGCACAGCCCCAGGGAGACCAGGGAGGGAAGGACAUUCCGCCACCGUUACGUUCUUCCGGAGAUGAUCCAAAAGAACUGAGUUAUACAGAGUCAGACAGUAGGUUCUCGAACGAAGCAGAAACUUGUCCUGUACGGAUGCACAGACUUUCUGGCGCUCAUGAAUGCGGAGAUGAUGUCAUCAACUUAGAGGUUUAGCAGCAUAACCGAAACACUCCUUGCAAAGUGAAAUGAACACACGUAUGCUCUGUUCUUCUCUCCUCUCAGGUACAUUCCUCUCUUUAGCAAUGACUGUAACGUAGAUGGCAACCUUCGUUCGUGAUAAAAGGAAGGUGGUGGUAACUAUCACUACCAGAAGAUUAUCAACCUUCGCCGCUUCAAACGAAGAUCAAAUCUAUGAUGUUUUUCUGUUCUAUGAAUGUCUAAUAGGACAUAGUAAAAAGUAUGUUAUGGGUAAUAUUUACAGAACGUUACAAUAAACGAAGUGACAUAAAGGGAUGACAGAUGAACAGUCGAUAUGAAGCCCCAACCAGCUUCUGAAAGAGCGUCAAUCGAAAAAGCGGUGAUGUAUAUAAUUACCUUCAGAUAUUUGCAUAUACAUCUCCUUCUCUUAAUUAAUGUUUGAAAUAUGCUUGUAUGAUCUUUCCUGCGUUGGCAUUCCCCUGGUAUGGUGUUAUUAUUGGCGGAGAUUAAACUAAUACUGCAGUCACUAAUCACGCGUGUUUGCUCAUGAACAUAUUAUGCGUUACCUAUAUCAAGUAGCCUCUUACAAAGAUAAAAACGGCAAAAGGUGCAUCUAAAUUCAAAACCCAUAUUUACCUGUUGGCCCUGAUUAAGAAGAAUAACGUUGUUUAAAGCUACAAGUCGUAAUAGCAAUUGUGGAAGAAUGAGAGAAAAUCAAGGGAGGUAUGAAGAGUGGAGUGAACAGAAAAGAGGAGAAGAGAAUACGAGAAAAUCUCGACGUAAAAUGUUUCCCAAAAUGGUUGAUUGGUUUUCAUAGGGAAAAACACUCACGUGCUCAUCAAACAAAGUGAUAUUCAAUUGAAGAAUAUUAUUCAUUUUUUAUUAUAAGUCUAUUAGUAGAUAAAGGAUAUUUUUCAAAACCCAAAUAACAUGUCAAGUUCGAAGUAAAAACAUAAAGGAGUCAUUAGCUUUUCAUUAGAGAGACCACAAUACAUUAACAACCCAAUUAGUACUCGUGGGCACCUUGACAGCCUGGCUUUUUUUUUUUGAAAACUAAGUUCAGCGGCUGUUUCUUUCUUCCUGCUGCUUUGCUAUGGAAUUCAAUUCCUGUUUUUGUGUUUCCUGCCCGUCUUCAUUCAACUAGGAAAUCUGUCGUUUCCCACUAUAUAUAUAUAUAUUUAUAUAUAUAUAUAUA